AUGGGUACCUUAAUAAAAAACAUAACAGUGUACUACGACAUCGUGAACAAUGAACUUGCAGACCACCGCACCAAUAAAUUUAUAUUAGUGUCAUCACCUCUGCCUAUCCUGAUGAUAACGUUCUUGUACCAUCGCUUCGUGCGGUCGUGGGGUCCAGCCUUCAUGGCCAAUCGACCUCCAUUCCAGCUAAAGAAACUUAUGAUAGUAUAUAAUAUUGUACAGAUAUGUUUAUCAUGUUUUCUUGUAGUGGAGGGCUUGAAGUGGGUUUAUUUACCAGGUUAUUACAGUGUAUGGUGCCAAAAGAUAAACUACGAUGAUACUCCUAUCGAACGGCGCGUUAUUAAUCGAGUUUGGCUAUACUAUUUUAUAAAGAUCGUCGACUUACUUGAUACGGUCUUCUUCGUGCUACGUAAGAAGUUCUCUCAUGUGUCAUUCCUACACGUAUACCACCACCUGGGAAUGUGUUUGCUUGGCUUCGUUGGAACUAAAUACGUACCAGGUGGCCACGGCGUAAUGCUGGGCUUCAUCAAUUCGGUGGUACACGCGGUCAUGUACACCUAUUAUUUAAUAGCCAUCGUGCGACCGCAGUGGGUCAAGCGAUGGUGGAAGAAAUAUAUCACACAACUGCAGAUUUUGCAGUUUUUACUCCUCAUUGUGCACUUCGGACAUAUUCUCUUUGAACCAUCUUGCGGAUAUCCUAAAUGGGUAUCGUUCUUAUUCUUGCCGCACAACAUUUUCAUGCUGUUGUUAUUUACAGACUUUUAUAUUAAAGAAUACAUAAAUAAAAAGAAAAAAGAAGAUUAA